GUUCUAGUUUUAAAUUUGUUUAUGGUCUUUAUCAUUUGUCAAUGUUAUGUUAACGUGUUUUGUCUGGGUUAUGUGCAUGUGUUUAUAAAAUAAAUAUAUACAAAUUAAAAUAGAAAAUGGAAGAAAAUACCCCAACAGUAAGCUUAGUAUCAUGCAUGCGUUUUGUUCGUCGUGGUAUAGCUAAAGCUGUACCAGAAAAGAUUGAAUUGACUGAGAAAGAAUUGGAAAAGAUUAUUAAACAGACUGCUAGUGAAUUAAGAAUUUCAGAACAAGGGGAUGACAAUAGCGACGAAGAAGGUGAAGAAGCUGCAAGUGCGCCUCCAGAUCCUCCCGCAGACCCUAAUGAUGAAUUCAAUUUUGAACAGUAUGAUGAAGAAGAUACAAAUACAAAUCCCAUUGGAAUUGGGACUGUGGCCACAAUGCCCAAUUUAGGAGACCUCAGUGAACAUGUGCAGAUCAGAACUGAAGGCCCAGACAGUGAUGAAGAAGAUGACAUUAUCAAGCCUACAGACAACCUGUUGCUAGUGGGACAUGUUGAGAGUGAUGCCAGCAUACUCGAAGUAUACAUUUUCAACAAGGAAGAAGGAUCAUUUUACGUGCAUCAUGAUAUCAUUCUGCCCUGGUUCCCUCUAUGUAUUGAGUGGUUGAGCCAUGACCCUUCAGACCCAAAUCCUGGCAACCUUUGUGCUCUCGGCGGAAUGGACCCAGUGAUACAAGUGUGGGAUUUAGAUAUAGAAAAUUGUCUGGAGCCAGCUUUCAAACUCGGGAAAAAACCGAAUAAAAAGAAAAAAUCGAAAAGAGUAGGCCAUAAAGACGCAGUGCUUGACUUAUCAUGGAAUAGAAACUUCACACAUGUGUUAGCGAGUGGAUCGGCAGACAACACCGUGUUAUUAUGGGAUCUGGACCAAGGCACUCCACACACCAAACUUGACUACUUCCAAAACAAGGUGCAAUCGGUGUCGUUCCACCCGCUGGAGGCGCAGACGCUGCUGUCGGGCGCGUGCGACGGCUCGGCGCGCGUGACGGACUGCCGCGCCGCCGACGCGCACCGCGCCUGGCCGCUCGGGCCCGAGAUCGAGCGCGCCGUGUGGGACACGCACAACCCAUUCUGCUUCGUGAUGAGCAACAACGAGGGUAAGGUGGCAUAUGUCGACUGCAGACAAAACGAACCGCUAUGGACAAUGACAGCACACGAAAAAGAAGUCACAGGUCUCUUAUUAAGUGAACACAUACCUGGUCUAAUGGUGACCGUCAGCACAGACGGCAAGAUGAAAACUUGGGAUAUAACAGGGUCUGGCGCUACUCAGGUGAGCGAGCGCGCGGGCCGCGUGGGCCAGGCGCUGUGCGCGGCGCUGUGUCCCGACGCGCCGCACUCGCUGGCGGUCGGCGGCGACAACAAGGAGAACUUCAUCGAAGUCGUCGACCUCACCAUUAGCGAACAGUAUUUGAAUCGUUUCGGAAGUCGGCAGCCAGUAUCUAUCACUACAGAAGAUAACUCUAUGGAAACAUAGACAAACUUUGUUUUGAUUAUAUUUAACAGUAUAUUAUUCUUUGUUAUUUUA